CCCCCUCUUUCUCCCCUCUAGGAUCAACCUACGCACACACACACACACACACACACACAUCUGUCAACCCCCGAACCCUUUUCUCGUCAUCCCAGCCCAUCCGGAGCCGCGUUGCCGUAGUGUUAUAUCUCGGUCGUGCUGUAGGUGCGCUUCGCCCCGUAAAGGAACUGCUAGUACUGCGGCCCGAGACAGCAACGCCGCCCCGCGUCUACUCCUCACGCCACUAUCCGGAAACCUGGCAGGCGCCGGUUUCUAAGGAGAGACGAUGCAAAAAAGUUGAGCUCGAAGCAUCGUUCCGAAGAGCCGCUAGCCUACGGUGUACCUUGGGCCAAGGCCGGGCCGGGAUUUUCUUUUCUUUUUUCCUUUUUACUGGACAUUCUCUGUGAAGGGCAGACGGCCAUGCAAUACAGAAUGAACUACACCAGGGGGGCGGCCCCAGGAGGCCACGGACUGGGCGCGAAAUCGUACAAGGCGCCAACCAGUGUCCCGGAGGGACAUUUCGAUCCCGACGAGCUCACUCGCCGUCUAUACCUCGUGUUGGCGGAGCAGAAAGCACAGGCGGAACGGAGGCGGAAGGCUCGCAGCGAUGCAGCAACUAGGAGAGACGGCCGGGAGCAUGCUUCCGGCGCGAGGCACCGGGAAGCACGGCAGAAGCAUGCCGAACCGUCCGCGGACACCGUCGCGGAGCCGAGGAGGACGGAGUUGGCUGAGGACCAGCCGCUGGCGGGCGCCGUCCGGGCUUCGGACGUACAGCCCGGGGCAUACCAUCACGUCCCGAAAGAAGCGGCCAGGCAAUUCACUAGGACGACUACGGUGGGGAGCAUGCGGGACGGCAACCUCGUCAACAGACUCUCCAAGCACGCUCUCAAAUUCCGCCUGGAGGGGGGCCCUCCUCUAGCGACGCGCCCGGGCGCCGCCGGGAACAGCGCCCACGAGCCGGCCCCCACGCCCCCGCCCCAGCAAACCGACACGCAGCGGGAGGGGCUCCUCCUCGAGCGCGACAGCCAGUCCCCGCGCGGGCCCGCCCCGGGAGGGGCCCCCGCGCGGCCCGACCGCGUAUGGGGUCAGCCGACGCGCAGGCAACCUCCCGCCGCCGCCGCCGCCGCGGCCCGGCGGCGCAACAGCACGGGCAACGCCGCCGAUCCGUCGGCAUCCUCGUCGGCCGCAGACGAGCGCGCGGGGGCCCGGCGCUCCCUGCUCGCCGCGGCGGCCGCCCCGGACACCCUCGUCAUGGACACGCUCCUGGAAGACGUGCCGCCGCCGUUUCCGCCGGCCGAGUACGGGCGCGUCGACUGGACGCAGAGCGACGAGCCGCCGGCGCCACCGCCGGCGCCGCUGUCGCCCACGCACGUCAUUCCGGCGGACGGCGGCGGCGACGACAAUGCUAAUCGUAAUAUUCAUCACGCUAUUGCUACCGCCCGGAGCGGGCCCAGGUUGUUGCUGCUCUCGCCGCUGCUGCGCAAGGCCGAUUCGCUCUGGACGCUGAAGGGCCGGCGCCGGGAGAGCAAGGACUCGUCGGGAAGCGGUGGGACGGGCGGCGGCGGCGGCGGCGGCGGCGAUGGCAGACUAGAGGAUACCAGGGAGGCGGGGCAAUCGCCUACUACGCCGACGACGCCUACCGCGGGCAAGGGCGGUAAGGGAUUCUUUGGGAGGUUCAAGCGUUAGCCUCUGGAGGGUAGGAUGGGUUAUUUUUGCCGACGGGCGGGUUACGGUGGAUUAUAAGAGACGACGGAGAUGGACUUACCUGCGUGGUGCCGCCAACGAAUGUAGAUGUGUAGUAAUGCUAAUUAAACUGACGAUUACGCGUCCUGCUAUGGAGCGCGGAGCUUCGUGAGAAGGUCAUCCACAUGGGAC